AUGUCUGCUUCUGCUGGAAACUUAGCAUUAGUUUGGGAUGAUCUGAAAAAUGGAUUCGAUGCUAUUUUUAGGCUGGAAACAAUCAAAAGAAAGAGAUACAUGGAGCUUCAUACACAUGUUUACAAUUACUGUACAUCAGUCGAUCCAAAAUCUCACACAACCCCUAGUAGGAGUUCUAUAGAAACUGAACCUGGAGGAAAAUUAGUGGGUUUCGAACUCUACAAAAAGUUGCGUAAUUAUUUAAAGGCCCAUGUCCACUCCUUGAAGCUGAAAGGAAAUAAUCUAGUUGACGAGGAAACCCUUUCAUAUUUCGAAAAGGCUUGGACAGAAUUCCGUUUUGCUUCAAGGGUUUUGGAUGGGGUUUGCAAUUACUUGAAUAGACAUUGGGUUAAACGGGAAUGUGAAGAGGGACGAAAGAAUGUUUAUGUCGUCUAUACACUUGCACUUAUUACAUGGCGUGAACAUUUACUAAAACCUCACGCUAGAGUUUUAAUCAGCGCAAUUCUUCGAGAGAUUGAACGUGAGAGACGUGGAGAAAUUUUAUCUACCUUACGGCUUAGGAAAAUAAUCGAGUGCCUAGUUGAGUUAGGUAUUACAUCUGACCAACAGUCUUUCUCAACAUCUACGUUAACUGGAACUAGUUCAUCUCCCAACGAACCCUUGCCAUAUCUAAUGAAGCCUUUCAAAUCUCCUAACUUUCCAACCAAACCUAGUGCUUCUUCCUCAAAACCAAAUAAGUCUGAAGUGGAAUCCAGUUAUCAAGGUAUAUCAAAUAAAAAUAUCCCAAAUUUCCGAGGUCUACUUCAUCCUGGCGAUCCAGCGGAUGAAUCUACACCUAAUACACCUAAUAAUAAUAAUGUAACAACAACAUCAUUGACAUCUGAUACACGAACCAAUCUAUCAGUUUAUCAAGAAUACUUUGAACGACCAUUUUUAACUGAGACCGAACGAUAUUAUCGGUUAGAAAGUGCUCAAUUUUUACAAUCGAACACAGUCCCAGAAUACCUUCAAAAACUGGAACAAUGUCACAAUACAUUUCUGUCUUUCUAUCAAGAACAUCAUACUGGACGUAAAUUAACAUGGUGUUAUCAUUUAUCACGUGGUGAAGUUGUAACAAAUUAUACUAAAACUCGAUAUAUAUUUCAAGUAUCCACAUAUCAAAUGUCUGUAUUAAUGUUAUAUAAUACAUCAUUAGUGUAUACAGUAUCAGCAAUUCAAUUACAAACUGGUAUUGAAGAAGCAACAUUAUUACAAAUUUUACAAAUUUUAUUAAAAGCAAAAGUAUUAAAAAUUGUCUCUGAUCCAAAUAGUAGUAAUGAUAUGAUAGAUCAAACAAAUAUAAUGAAUGAUGAUUCAAAUGAAUCACAGCUAUCACCAGAUACACAUUUAGCAUUGUAUACAGAUUAUAAAAAUAAACGUGUUCGAGUCUAUUUGAAUGUUCCAUUGAAAAGUGAAACAAAACAAGAAAUUGAACAAACUUUAGGCAAUGUUGAAUCGGAUCGAAAAUUAAUUGUUCAAGCUUGUAUAGUACGUAUAAUGAAGACUAGAAAAGUUAUGAAACAUCAUCAAUUAAUCUCUGAAGUUGUGACACAAUUAACACCUCGAUUCAAACCAACUGUAUUAUUAAUUAAACGAUGUAUUACUGCACUUAUCGAAAGAGAAUAUAUUAAACGCGAUAAUAAUGAACGAGAUGCUUAUGAAUAUUUAGCUUAG